GGCGGAGGGGGACCUGGCCCUGCCCAGCCCGAGCCCAGCCCAGCCCUGCCCAGCCGUCGCUGCUGCGGGGAAGAGAGGCGAGGCGAGCUGGGGCGCAGCAGCGCGACGCCCUUUGGAGGCGCAAACCCGAGCGGGUGGAGAGGGGGCUCUGCGCGUUAAAGAGGGAGGCAGCAGGAGGAGGAGGAGGAGGCGGCAGCGCGGCCAGCCCGGAGGGGGCGGCUCCCCCCCCUAAAAGCACCGAGCCGAGCGGAGCCGAGCCGGCAGCGAGCAACCAGGCGCGCAACGGAGAAGGAGAGUCGUCCGACCGCUUCGCCUGCCUUCUCUGCCUGCCUGCCUGCCUGCCUGCCGGGGAAACGCUGCCGCCGGCCGCGCGAUGCGGCUGCCUGGAGCUCCCGCGAGCCCCGCUCGGAUUAUCUGCCGCCGUCGCAGUCGCCGCCCGCUGUGAGCGCCGCUCCGGGAUCCGCCGCCGCGGCGCCUCCAAGAUGCUCCGCAAAGGGAGCUGCCUGGAGCUCUCCCUGCUGCUUCUGCUGGCUCUGGAGCUCCCCUCUUCGGGCGGCUGCCCCACGGACUGCGUCUGCUACCCGUCCCCCAUGACCGUCAGCUGCCAGUCCCACAACUUCCUCGCCAUCCCGGAGGGCAUCCCUGAGGACAGCGAGAGGGUCUUCCUGCAGAACAACCAGAUCUCCCUGCUGCUGCGCGGCCACUUCAGCCCCUCGCUGGUCACCCUCUGGCUCUACUCCAACAAUGUCACCUUCGUGGACCCAAAUGCCUUUCGCGGCUUCUCCCACCUGGAGGAGCUGGACCUGGGCGACAACCCCAACCUGCAGGAGCUGUCGGCCAAGACCUUCCAGGGCCUCAGCCGCCUGCACGCCCUGCACCUCUACAAGUGCGGCCUCAGCUCCCUGCCCAGCGGCAUCUUCUCCGGCCUCCACAACCUGCAGUACCUCUACCUGCAGGACAACCGGCUGGGCUACCUCCACGAUGACCUCUUCGUCGACCUCGUCAACCUCAGCCACCUCUUCCUGCACGGCAACCGGCUCUGGAGCCUCCACCAGAACACCUUCCGGGGGCUGGUCAACCUGGACCGGCUGCUCCUCCACCAGAACCAGCUGCAGAGCAUCCACCGGGGAGCCUUCCACGACCUGCGGCGACUCACCUUGCUCUUCCUCUUCAACAACAGCCUCUCCGAGCUGCCGGGCGAGGCCCUGGCCCACCUGGAGGCCUUGGAGUACCUGCGCCUCAACAGCAACCCCUGGCACUGCGGCUGCCGGGCCCAGUCGCUCUGGGAGUGGCUGCGCCGCUUCCGGGGCUCCAGCUCCAGCGCCGUCUGCGAGUUCCCGGAGAAGCUGCGCGGCCUGGACUUGAAGGAGCUGACGGCGGACAGCUUCCGGGGCUGCGCGGCCUCCGAGUCGCUGCACCACCAGGUGAAUGGGGUGCGCUUCCCGCCGUCAGCCGACAGGGCACCCCCCGGAGACCACCCGCCGCUCCACUCCUCCACGGAGAAGGGCAAAGGGCGGCCAGGGGAGCAGCGCCCAGGGCAGCAGCAGCGCCCCGGCUACCGGAAGCCCGGCAAGAACUGCACCAAGAGCCGUAACCGCACCACCAAGCCGGCCGGGCCCUGGAAGGAGAGCGAGGGGGCGGACUACGAGCACAAGUCCCCCGGCCUGGGCCUGCUGCCCAAGCCGAAGGGCAAGUGCCAUCGGACAUCUCUGCAGCCCCCCAGCGGGGUCCAGCAGGCAGCAGGGGGCGGGGUGCGCGGGGCCGGGGCCAGGGCUGCGGGGGCCCUGCAGGCUGCCCUGCUGGCCGGGGUGCUGGCCUUGGCGGUGAUCGUCCGCUGACCGCGGAGGAGCCACGCUGAGCCACCACUGGUCUCUGGAGCCCCAGCGCUGUGACUCCUCCUCCUCCCCCUUUUUUCUGCCUGGGGGUUUGGCAGCAGCAAGGUAGGCCCCCUCCUGGGCCUUCUCCAAGGCCCCCCGCCCAUGGCCGGCAAGGGGGGAUUGUAGGCGCGGACCGUGCAGGGCGGGCGAGCGGGCAGGCAGGCACUUCCUUCGCGCCCGCAGGAUGGAAUUACAAGCAAUAUCCCACACGCUCGCCACCGAUGGCCCCAACAGAGCACCCGCGGGAAGGAAUUCCCCACCCCCGCCCCACCCUCCUCUCCUGAACCCAGGGCCCGGGAGCGAAUCCUCCGUUAGCAACUACUGGACAACUGCUUUGCUCCCUGAGAAAUCCUGCUGAAUUGAGAGAAAGAGGGAGGCGCAUAUACCCCACCCUGCCAGGAUUACAAAAAUGGAGUCGCCGCAGCCCCUGUCAGGACCGCACCAACUAAGCCGAUGUGAUCCCUGCAUUGCAAUGGGUCGGACUAGAUGACCCUUGGUAUCCCUUCCAACUCUGCAGUUCUGUGAUUCUGGGACAGAGGGCUAGCCUGGGCCAUGGGGCACCCCACUCCACACUGCCUGCGAGGCCCCCUUUCCGCUCCCCUUCUGCUCCAGGCCAAAGCAGGCAGGGAGCUUCUUGCAGGACAGAUAUCCAAGUUGCUGGAUGGCUCAGGAUCCUUCCCCUCCUGGGCAGGGCUGGGCAGCCACCAACAAGACCAAAGGAAAGGCCAGCCAGCAGCCGAGAGGUGGGAACUCUGAACAAACUUUCCAAGCAAAGGUGCAAUUCUCUUCCCCGCCAUUUUCUUUUUUGUAAUGUCUGUGUUCACAUAUAAAAAUUUAAAAAACCC